AUGGAUCCGAAGUUCUUCUUUUUCGCUGGCUUCUUUCUUUUGGGUGCAGUUAUCGUACUAAUACCGUGUGUUGUGGUUAUCGGUCUACGUUCCAAUUGCCCUGAUAAAACAACCGACUCUCCAGCAACAUCAUUGACGGCCUCGUUGGCUACCACACCAGCAGCCACAACGCCAGCUACAUUGACAACCACUACUGCAACAAUAUGGAACGAAAGCGAUUAUCAAUCCAACAGUCAAUACUAUCAAUCCUUAACUAAUUCACAUUACUUCAAUCAAACCGACAAUCUUCGACUUGAUCGUCUUUCAUCGCCUCAACUUCAUCCAACAGAUGGUAGAAGCCUCAUCUAUUUGAGACGACAAUAUCAUAUGCCUGAUUUACGUGGAUCCACAACAACUUUACAUUGGCAAGAUUUACAAACCAACAAGAAUGUCCAAUUGACACGACCCAUCUGGGGCAAACAAGACCAACAAUUCACUUGGAUAGAUAAAAAUACGAUUCUUUUUCUGUCGAAUCGAGCAUCGUCAGAUCUCACUCAAAUUUUUCAGCUGACUCUUCCUGAUGAUCUGUCAACCUUGAGUGGUUUCAUUGAACCUACACAAAUAACCAAUUACUCAUUGAAUAUUGAUAAUCUAUUAGUGAAUCGAAACGCAACACGUCUCGCUUUCAGCUGCCAAGUCUAUGCGAAUUUAAACAUUGAACAGACGAAUGCUCGAAAACAAGCCGAACUAGAUAGUGGACGCACGAUAUAUAAAUUCGAUAAGCUUUACAUUCGGCAUUGGGAUGAAUACUAUACAGGCCUACGUAACCAUCCAUUUGUUGUUUCAAUUAAUCGACAAACAAACGGAAUAUUUCAACUAUCAGCCAACCCUGUCGAUGUACUUUUCAAUAUCGAUAGUGAUUCACCAACGAAACCGUUCGGCGAUGCUAAAGCACAAUGGUCAUUUAGUGCAUCUGGAAAUUCAUUUGCAUUCACAAGACAACACGAUGAGGAUAGUUCAGUAGCUUGGACAACCAAUUUAGAUAUAUAUACAGUUGAUUUGAGAACAGCUGGACAACCAACUGUAUGUAUAACAUGUGAAAAUAUUGCAACCGAUACAGAUCCAUCUUAUUCGCCGACCGAUGAAAAUCUGUUAGUCUAUCGAUCACAUUCGGUGCCAGGUUACGAGUCUGAUCAAUAUAAAGUGAAGUUGUACAAUGCUUCAUUGAAUACGAAAGUAACUCUUCUUGACGAUUGGGAUCGAAGUAUUCAAGCUAUGACAUGGUCUCCCAAUGGUCAAUCUCUUUAUCUCGAAAUCGGUGAAGAAGCAAGCAAUGUUAUUUACUAUUUAGUAAACAUCUACACGAAUCAUUCAGUUGAUCUUCUGAUAGACAAUGGUACGUCGCACAAUAUUCACCCUCAUCCUACUCAGGAGAGAACAUUUGUGUUUACAUAUGACACUCUUCUUCAACCGCGAAAUAUCUAUUUGUAUUCAUUGGAUAGUUCUAUUCAGCCACUCACUAAUCAUAACACUGCUCUGUUGAGUAAAGUGAUACUAAGUAAAGAAGCUCAAAAAUUCUCUUUUAUGGGUGCUAACAAUGAAACAGUAUGGGGAUGGCAUGUACCACCUGCGCAUGGUACAGGCCAACCUGCUCCACUUGCUUUUCUUAUCCAUGGUGGUCCUCAAAGUAGCUGGUAUGAUGCUUGGAGUUAUCGCUGGAAUUUACAAUCUUUUUCUGCUGAAGGUUACGCUGUGAUCGCUAUCAAUUUUCAUGGUUCUGAUUCUUAUGGACAGAACUUUACCAAUAGUAUUACAGGUGAAUAUGGUUCAUUGCCUUACGAAGAUCUCAAGUUGGGACUUGAUUAUGCUUUGAGAAAUUUCUCUUAUAUCGACAGAACUCGAGUGGUAGCAUUGGGUGCUAGCUAUGGUGGCUAUAUGAUAAACUGGAUUGCUGGUCAACCUGAGAUGAGUAGUCGCUUCAAAACUCUUGUCUGUCAUAAUGGUCUAUUUGAUAUGAGAUCAAUGGGCUAUUCUACAGAAGAGUUAUUCUUCACUGAACAUGAUGCUGGAAACUAUACUGUCUACGACAAUCCUUCUGCGUAUGAAGAGUAUAAUCCAGUGAAUCACGUGGCGAAUUGGACUCUACCUAUGUUAAUAAUCGUUGGUGCUCAUGAUUAUCGAGUACCAGAAACACAAGGAAUCGGUGCAUUUACAGCUUUGCAGCGUCGUAAUAUUACGAGUCGACUUCUCUAUUUUCCUACUGAAAAUCAUUGGGUAUUAAAUCCACAGCAUUCCAUCGCUUGGUUUGAGGAAGUAUUUAAUUGGAUGCGUCAACAUGCAAGCUAA